GUUAGGGGGGCCGCCGGCCGGCGGCGGGCGGAACUCUCCGGACUGGCUGUACGAGUCGUACUACCGCAUGAGCCAGCAGCACCCGCUCAUCGUGUUCCUGCUCCUCAUCGUCAUGGGAGCGUGUGUGGCGUUCAUCGCCGUCUUCUUCGCCUCCGGACUGGACAUGCAGGACCACGUGGCCUUCAUCAUCACAGUGCCCACCACGCUGGCCAUCUUCCUGACCAUCUUUGUCCUCGUCUGCAUCGAGUCGGUCUUCAAGAAGCUCCUGCGCCUCUUCUCCCUGCUCAUCUGGGGCUGCCUCGUCGCCAUGGGUUACCUCUUCAUGUUCUUUGGCGGGAUCAUCUGUCCUUGGGACCAGGUGUCUUUCUUCCUGUUCAUCGUGUUUGUGGCGUACACCAUGCUGCCCUUCUCCAUGCGGGAGGCGGUCAUCGCCAGCGUGCUGACCUCCACCUCCCACACGCUGGUGCUCAGCGUCUGCCUCUCCUCGGCCACAGACAACCUGGAGCCGCUCGUCUGGCAGAUCCUGGCCAACAUCAUCAUCUUCAUCUGCGGGAACCUGGCGGGAGCCUACCACAAGCACCUGAUGGACCUGGCCCUGCGGCAGACCUACCAGGACACCUGCAACUGCAUCAAGUCCCCCAUCAAGCUGGAGUUCGAGAAGCAUCAGCAGGAGCGUCUGUUGCUGUCCUUGCUCCCUGCCCACAUUGCCAGGGUGAUGAAGGCCGAGAUUAUCCAGAGGCUAAAAGGUCCCAACUUUGGCCAGGCGGAGAACACCAACAAUUUCCACAAUCUCUACGUGCAGAGACACACCAAUGUCAGCAUUUUGUAUGCGGAUAUAGUCGGCUUCACACGCCUCGCCAGCGACUGUUCCCCUGGAGAACUCGUUCACAUGCUCAACGAGCUCUUCGGCAAGUUUGACCAGAUUGCAAAGGAGAACGACUGCAUGCGGAUUAAGAUCCUGGGGGACUGUUACUACUGUGUGUCGGGCCUGCCGGAGUCUCUGCCCAACCACGCCAACAACUGUGUGAAGAUGGGCCUGGAGAUGUGUGAGGCCAUCAAGAAGGUGAGGGACGCCACCGGCGUGGACAUCAACAUGCGCGUCGGGGUGCAUUCUGGGAAUGUCCUGUGCGGCGUCAUCGGCCUCCAGAAGUGGCAGUACGACGUGUGGUCGCACGACGUGACGCUGGCCAAUCACAUGGAGGCUGGAGGCGUGCCCGGUCGCGUUCACAUCUCCUCGGUGACCCUGGAGCACCUGAAUGGAGCCUACAAGGUGGAGGAGGGUGACGGGCAGCACCGCGACCCAUACCUGAAGGAACACGGAGUCAUUACAUUCCUGGUUAUCAACCCUAAGGCGGAGAGGAGGAGUCCCCAGCUGCACUGCGGGCCUCGCCACACGGACGCGUCGAGGGCGUCGGUGCGCAUGACCCGCUACCUGGAGUCCUGGGGCGCCGCCAAACCCUUCGCCAACCUGCACCACCGCGACAGCAUGACCAACGAGAACGGCAAGAUCAACACCCACGACGUGCCUGUGGGCCAGUAUCAGUUCCAGAGGAGAUCGGAGAGGACUAAAUCACAGAAGAAGUGGUUCGAAGAGGAGCUGAAUGAGAGGAUGAUCCGGACCAUUGAUGGCAUCAACUCUCAGAAACAGUGGCUCAAGUCAGAAGAUAUCCAAAGAAUCUCAUUGUUCUUUCAUAACAAGGCGCUGGAAAACGAGUACAGGGCAACAACUCUGCCAGCCUUCAAGUAUUAUGUCACCUGUGCCUGCCUCAUCUUCUUCUGCAUCUUCAUUGUCCAGAUACUAGUCUUACCAAAAACUGCUGUGCUGGGCGUUUCGUUUGGACUGUCCUUCCUGCUCCUGGCUUUGAUCCUGAUCAUCUGCUUCGCCGGCCACAUCCUGCAAUGGGGAAAAGCAGCCUCGUGCUCUCUGCCCUGGCUUCCGAGCUCCUCCAGGAUCAUUGCCAACAAUCCUUGGAUACGACUUGUCCUCACCAUGACAACCACCGCCCUCAUCCUGGUCAUGGCUGUGUUCAACAUGUUUUUUCUAGAGGAGGUGAGGACAGUGGAUGUCCCUGGUUUGAACAUGUCCAACGAGACCAUGGUCAGCUCCCCGGGCUACGUUAUGCAGUUCGUGGAAGAGGACAAGUUCUAUCUGCCCUACUUCAUCUACAGCUGCAUCUUGGGCCUGGUGUCCUGCUCGGUGUUCCUGCGCAUCAACUACGAGCUGAAGAUGCUCAUCAUGCUGGCGGCGGUGGUGGGCUACAACGUCGUCAUCCUCCAGACCUACGCAGCCGCGCUGGACGACUACAGCACCGCGCUGUACCGCACACAGCCUCUGGAGAGGCCAGGGGUGCUGAAGGACCUGAAGACCAUGGGAUCGGUGUCUUUGUUUAUCUUCUUCAUCACCCUCCUUGUUCUGGCCCGACAGAAUGAAUAUUACUGUAGGUUAGACUUCGUCUGGAAAAACAAGUUCAAGAAGGAGUGCGAGGAGAUCGAGACCAUGGAGAACCUCAACCGUGUUCUCCUGGAGAACGUUCUACCUGCCCACGUUGCUGAGCACUUCUUGGCGAAAAACUGGAAAAAUGAGGACCUGUACCACCAGUCCUAUGACCUGGUGUGUGUGAUGUUUGCUUCAAUCCCAGACUUCAAGGAGUUCUACACCGAGUCGGACGUCAACAAGGAAGGACUGGAGUGUCUCAGACUCCUCAAUGAGAUCAUUGCCGACUUUGACGAGCUUCUGUCUAAACCCAAGUUCAGUGGUGUGGAGAAGAUCAAGACCAUUGGCAGCACAUACAUGGCUGCCACAGGACUAAAUAUCGCACCAGGACCAGAAUGUACACAGGAUGACAGACAGUACAUGCACAUUGGCACCAUGGUGGAGUUUGCCUUUGCCUUGGUGGGGAAACUCGACGUCAUCAAUAGGCAUUCCUUCAAUGACUUUAAAUUAAGAGUGGGGAUAAACCAUGGCCCUGUGAUAGCAGGGGUGAUCGGAGCACAAAAGCCCCAGUACGACAUCUGGGGCAACAGUGUGAACGUGGCCAGUAGAAUGGAGACCACAGGCGUGCUGGGGAAAAUACAGGUUACGGAGGAGACGAGUCGAGUCCUCCAGACCCUGGGCUAUGUUUGUUCUUGCCGAGGCAUCAUCAAUGUCAAAGGGAAGGGGGAGCUGGAGACUUACUUUGUUCACACUGAGAUGACCAGGUCCCUGUCCCAAGGGACUGUGAUGCCUUGAACUUUUACCCAAACCAUACACAUGUGUGCGCACACACACACACACACACACACACACACACACACACACACACACACACUGAUGCACACAGUCUCCCCUGCAUAACGGACAAAUAUGGACACCACCCCCACACACACAUACACAACAUAUAGCAUAGAUACACUGUGCUGCGAAGUGCUUAGACAAACGUAUAAAUAAACAUACACACACAAAUAUAUAAAUAUAUACAUAUAUAUAUACCUGUGAAUAUGUUUGCAUGGUCUCAGUCAUUCAGAGGAGCGGAUAGAUGUCAUGAGUGUUUGCGCUGUCCAGUCUCUUUGUGUUUUAGCCAGGCCACUGUGUGUGCAGCCAAGACAAGUUUUAAAAUGAGAAGUUUUUUGUAAGAACACGAGAAUACAAACAAAUACCAGAGUGUUGCCAUGUUGGACACCACCAUUUUCUUAUUCAUUAAAGACUUUGUAUAUACC